UCUUUUAUCCCCCGCUCCUUCGGUCUGCCAAGAUACUCGCUCCCGUUCCCCGCCCAUCUACACUCACUGUCAUCCCCCUCGCCGCAGAUUCCAUCUUUACAGCAACGUACCGUGUUCUUCAGAAUCCUCGAAAUACCCCAUGGAGAGGGCAUUGGAGUUGGCCCGUGCGAAGGACACCAAGGAGAGACUGGCGGGGGUCGAGCGUCUGCACCAACUCCUUGAGGCUUCUAGAAAGAGUUUGUCGCCAUCGGAGACGACUUCACUAGUCGACGUCUGCUUAGAUCUUUUGAAGGACAAUAAUUUUCGUGUAUCGCAGGGGGCAUUGCAGGCACUCGCCUCCGCCGCCGUGCUCUCUGGCGAUCACUUUAAGUUGCACUUUAAUGCCCUGGUCCCUGCGGUGGUUGAGAGGUUGGGUGAUGCCAAGCAGCCCGUCAGGGAUGCUGCGAGGAGGCUACUGCUUACUCUCAUGGAGGUUUCUUCACCCACGAUCAUUGUUGAAAGAGCUGGAUCUUAUGCUUGGAUGCACAAAAGCUGGAGAAUUCGUGAAGAGUUUGCUCGUACAGUGACAUCAGCUAUUGGUCUCUUUGCGUCUACAGAACUACCUCUUCAACGUGCCAUUCUACCACCUAUUUUGCAGAUGUUGAAUGAUCCAAAUCCUGGUGUAAGGAAUGCAGCUAUUUUGUGUAUUGAGGAGAUGUAUACUCAGGCAGGACCUCAGUUCCAUGAAGAACUGAACCGACAUUAUCUGCCUACACCAAUGCUAAAAGAUAUUAAUGCCAGAUUAGAAGGAAUUGAGCCGAAGGUUCACUCUUCGGAGGCUAUUUCGAGCAAUUACUCAUCUAGCGAUACUAAGCCUAAAAGCCUUAAUCUGAAAAGAAGCAGCCCCAAGGCCAGAAGCUUGACACGUGAGGUUUCUCUCUUUGGAGCCGAUGGUGAUAUCACAGAGAAACCUGUUGAACCAAUUAAAGUCAAUUCAGAAAAGGGGCUUAUCAGGGAGUUUGAGAAGAUUGCUUCCACCCUUGUCCCUGAUAAACAUUGGUCUGUCCGAAUUGCAGCCAUGCAGAGGGUUGAAGGGCUUGUUCUUGGAGGUGCAGCUGAUUACCCUGGCUUUCAUGGGCUUCUUAAGCAGCUGGUUGCUCCUUUGAGCACACAACUAUCUGAUAGGCGAUCAAGCAUUGUGAAGCAGGCAUGCCAUUUGUUAAGCUUCUUAUCAAAAGAUCUCUUGCGGGACUUUGAGGCAUGUGCUGAGAUGUUUAUUCCGGUCCUUUUCAAGCUUGUUGUGAUAACAGUGCUCGUAAUUGCAGAAUCUGCAGAUAACUGCAUAAAAACAAUGUUGCGCAACUGCAAAGUUUCCCGUGCACUUCCUCGGAUUGUUGACUGUGCAAAGAAUGACCGUGCUGCUGUGCUCCGCGCGAGGUGUUGCGAGUAUGCUCUUCUAAUCCUUGAAUAUUGGGCUGAUGCACCUGAAAUACAUCGCUCAGCUGACCUUUAUGAAGACCUUAUUAGAUGUUGCGUUGCUGAUGCGAUGAGUGAGGUACGAUCUACUGCAAGGAUGUGUUAUAGAAUGUUUGCGGAAACAUGGCCUGAACGCUCUCGCCGUUUGUUUUUGUCCUUUGAUCCUGUUGUUCAAAGGGUAAUAAAUGAUGAGUAUGGAGGAGGAAUGCACAGAAGAAAUGCCUCUCCUUCCAUUCAUGAGAGGAGUUCAAACAUGUCGUUUGACCCUCAGACAUCUGUAUCUUCAAGUAUACCUGGUUAUGGAAAUUCUGAUAUAGUUCCGAUGGAUAGAAGUGCAAGUUUACCUUCAGGGACAUCUCUUGCCUCCAGACUAGUACCCUCACAAGCGAAGUCUGUGGGUAAAGGCACAGAACGUAGUCUGGAAAAUGUGCUACACUCAAGCAAACAGAAGGUCCCUGCCAUAAAAAGUACGCUGAAGCGUUUGGAUAUAACUCAGAAAUUCCGAUCGUCCAGUUUGGACCUAGGAGUUGACCCACCAUCAUCUCAUGAUCCACCAUUUCCCCUUGCUAUUCCAGCUUCUAGUAGUCUUGCAAACUCUUUAGUAGAUACAAUACCUGGUAUAUCUAAAGGUAAUAUUCGCAACGGAGGUUUGAUGAUGUCUGAUAUCAUCACCCGAAUUCAGGCUUCUAAAAUUUCAUGUAGAUUAUCACGUCAUAGCAGUGAAGUUAGUGACCCUCUAUCAGUACAUUCCACUUACUCGGCCAAGAGGGCUUCUGAAAAAGCACAAGAAAGAGGAUCUAGUGAAGAAAAUGAUGGUUUUAGGGAAUCAAGGCGAUAUAUGAACUCUCAUGCUGAUAGGCAAUAUUCAGACAUGCCAUACAGGGACUCACAGAAUCACAUACCGAAUUUUCAGCGCCCUCUUCUGAGAAAGAAUGCAGCAGGACGAAUGUCUGUGGGAAGGAGAAGGAGCUUUGAUGACAGUCAGCUCUCCUUGCCAGAGGAAUCAAGUUAUUCAGAUGGUCCAGCUUCUCUUCACGAAGCUCUGACUGAAGGGCUCAAUGCUAGCUCCAAUUGGAGUGCCCGGAUUGCUGCAUUUAAUUAUAUUCAUUCUCUGCUACAGCAAGGCCCAAGAGGUAUCCAAGAAAUCAUGCAGAGUUUUGAGAAGGUCAUGAAGCUAUUUUUCCAGCAUCUGGAUGACCCUCAUCAUAAAGUUGCCCAGGCGGCUCUUUCAAUUCUUGCGGAUCUUAUUCCAGCUUGCAGAAAGCCAUUUGAAGGUUACAUGGAAAGGAUUUUACCCCAAGUUUUCUCGCGUUUGGUAGAUCCAAAGGAAUUAGUAAGGCAGUCUUGCUCAACUACUUUGGCUAUGGUUGGCAAAACAUAUGGUACUGAUUCCCUUCUACCGGCUUUACUGCGUUCAUUGGAUGAACAGCGUUCUCCAAAGGCAAAAUUGGCUGUUAUUGAGUUUGCUAUAGGUUCAUUUAACAAGCAUGCAACAAAUUCUGAGGGUUCUGCCUACUCUGGCGUCCUUAAGUUAUGGCUCGCAAAAUUGACGCCAUUGGUCCAUGAUAAAAAUACAAAACUGAAAGAAACAGCCGUAGCAUGCAUGAUUGCUGUGUAUACUCAUUUUGACUCUGUAGCAGUAUUAAAUUUUAUCCUUGGCUUAUUGGUUGAAGAACAGAGUUCCUUGAGACGAGCCCUCAAGCAGUAUACUCCUCGUAUUGAAGUAGACUUGAUUAACUUUAUGCAAAGCAAGAAAGAGAAACGUGGCAAGCCCUCAUAUGAUUUAUUUGAUGUGGUUGCAACAUCCUUCGACGAGGAGUAUAUGGGAGCGUCAAGGAAGAGCCAUCUGUUUGGAAGGUAUUUAGGUGCUUCCGUCAAUAGUGGUGGUGGUAGAAAGUGGAGUUCUCUUCAAGAUGCAUCCCAUCUUACAGGCUCUAUUGGUAAUUUAACAUCUGGUGAUGCCCAGGAGAACUUGCAUCAUCAUGCGCUUGAGGCUAAAACAAACCCUGAUAUUCCUACUUCAAGUUACCAAACUUUGAAAUAUGGCUCUACUACCAGUUCUGACAGUAUUCAACCUUGGUCAAUAGAUAGCCUUGCAAAUAUCGAGACCUCUUCAGCUCCACGUUUUGAUACUCUGACUGGUACCAACCAUCUGCUAAAGUCUGUGGACUUUGAAGUUGAUAAUGAAACUUCGUCCAAGGUGACACUAAAUCAUCCUAAAUUCCCUGAUCUGAAAGUGAAUUUUGCUGCAGAACAAGCAGCGGCACCAAGCAUUCCCCAGAUUCUUCAUUUGAUUUGUAAAGGGAACGACGAGAGUGUUACAGCAAACAAGCAUGAUGCACUUCAGCAGUUGCUUGAAGUUUCUUUAUCUAAUGAUGAUUCUAUUUGGAGCAAGUAUUUCAAUCAGAUAUUAACGGCUAUACUUGAAGUGCUGGAUGAUUCUGAUUCAACUAUUUGUGAGCUGGCUCUUGCAGUGAUUGUUGAAAUGUUGAAGAAUCAGAAAGAUUCGAUGGAGGAUUCUGUUGAGAUUGUGAUUGAAAAGCUGCUUCAUGUGACAAAGGACAGUGUUCAAAAAGUAUCAGUUUUUCUUGAACUAACUCAGUUUCUCCCCACUGUCUUCUCUCAGUCUUAUUGUUUCAGCUUUCUGCAGGUGUCUAAUAAAUCAGAGUAUUGCUUUACUAUACUUUUGUCUCAAUAUGACCCAUUUAGAUGUUUACGUGUUAUUGUUCCUUCUCUUGUUACUGAAGAUGAGAAAACUCUCAUGACAAUCAUAAACUGUUUGACAAAGCUUGUGGCCCGACUGUCCCAAGAGGAACUGAUGGCUCAACUGCCCUCAUUCUUGCCAGCUCUCUUUGAUGCAUUUGGGAAUCAGAGUGCUGAUGUUCGCAAGACUGUUGUAUUCUGUCUAGUUGACAUUUAUAUCAUGCUGGGGAAAGCAUUUUUGCCAUAUCUGGAGGGUCUUAACAGCACACAACUAAGGUUGGUGACGAUUUACGCGAACCGAAUAUCCCAGGCUAGGACUGGUACCCCAAUUGAUGCUACUACCCAAUGAUGGGUGUUUUUAGUUUGGUUGUGUUGUAUUUCGGGAUUGUUAAUUUU